AUGCUGACCAAAACUGUGCCGCGGACACACCUCCACUGUCUCCGCCCUCUCAUCCUACACGCCACAUUCACUCACUCCGCAAUCAAUGCUAACCAAAAAGCGAAAACCCCCCUCGAACAACAACGCCUCCGCCGCCCCGUCUCCCCACAUCUCACAAUCUACAAAUGGGAAUACCAAAGCCUAGCCUCUAUCCUACAACGUUUCUCCGGCAUGGCGUUUUCCGGCGGACUAUAUGCGUUUGCAACAGCUUAUCUACUUUUGCCAGCUGCAUGUGGUAGUACAGUCGACACUGACAGUCUCGUAAACAUGGUGGCCGGAUUACCGGAAAGCGUCAAAACCGGCGCGAAGUUUCUGGUCGCGUGGCCGUUUACGUAUCAUGCCGUGAAUGGGGUGAAGCAGCUGGCGUGGGAUCAGGUGAUUGGCAUGAGAGACAAGAAAAUGAUUAGGCUAGUUGCGAGGGGGGUUGCUGGGGUGAGUUUUGUGGGUGCGUUGGUGUUGGUAGUAUUGUAG